AUGGCUGACAUCUCGCAGUUCGACGAAGUUAUGGAGCUCAACGACGAAGACCUCAAAGCGAUGGAUCUCCCGGAUGAUCCUGCUGGAUCCAAUCUCCCGCGCACCCUUAUGGAGGGGCCCGCUGGCACGCCCGAGAAACCCGCGUCGCAGCCCACCAGCACGAACGCCUCCGACGCUGCAGCCUCCGCCUCGGCCCCUAGCGCUGCUGCUCCCUUUCAUCCGGCUCCUGUGAUCCCUGGCCCGAGCUCCUCGACCCCGAUCGGCCACGACGUGAGCGCCGAAACGAACGCUACGGUGACCUCGCUUGUGGAGACGCCCCCCGAACCCGAGCUGCCGCGCUCAUCCCGUCAGCCGGUUCCGGCCCCCCCGAUGCUGCCCCCGCCUGUCCUCAUGACGAGCAGCCGAUUUGUGGUUACCCUGCUCUUCCCAGGAGCAGGUGCUGACGCCAUCCGUGCCACUCUCAUCGCUAACAUCCUCUCGAAGCUGAAGCCCUCCCUGUUCGCAUGCGGAUACGUCCCCGACGCCCGCCCCACUAACGGCGAGACCAUGCGCCUCGCGGGACGGUCCUACGCGACGAUCUGCGUCUCCUGGCCGACCCAGCAAUCUGCUGACGAGUUCUUGGCCAUCUUCAAUCACCCCAUCGGGCUCUCGCCGGGCCGCUCCAUCUCCGUCAAGCCGUACACUGACCCCUUCCCCGAAUUCACCAAGGCCAAGGCGGAGGGCGCCCCCGUCCUCUCCCUGCGCCGAGUCCCUGCUCGCUUCGAAGAGGCGAACCUCCUUGCUUACCUGGUACCCGCUUGGCUGGCGGGAAUCGAGUCCUUCCACCGCAUGAAAGACCCAUACGAGGGGGUCUUCCUCCCCAUAUUCACCGGAAUCCCAACCCCGCUCCCCACGGAUCCGGACUUCCGCACCAUUCCUGCUCGGAUUCGCGUCGGCGGUCCUGACCCUGACAUCCUUGUCAACAUCUCCACUCAUGUCUGUUCCAUCUGCGUAAGCAACCACCGCGUGGAGGACCACGCGAUCUUCCCCUGUAAGCGCAAUGGACGGAUCGGCAACAAAUCACAGCUCACGGUUGCCCAACUUCAGAAGGCCAAUGGAGGCCUCCUCGGAGCCCGACCCGCCUCCAACGCCUUCCGCGCCGACCCCGGUCUCCUCUUCAUCUGCACGGAUCUGGACGUCGAGCCAUGGACCUAUGUGGCCUGCAACUUCGAGUGUGGCCCUGCGCUCGACAGUGCGCUGCUGCACAUGGAAUCCGCAGAGCACCGCGCUCAGCUGCUCGCCAACACAAGCAACAAGGCUCCCAAAGAGCCGUUCCUCUCCUGGAGCUACGAGGCCUUCCUGAAGAAUGGGGGCUUCGAGGCCUUCCUCAAGCAGCUGAAGAGCACUUCUCGCGCCUAG